AUGCGGCCUAUCUCCAUAGAAGAGGUCCGAGAAGUGGUUUUUGAUAUCAAUCCAAACAAAUGCCCUAGACCCGAUUGCAUGAAUGGCUUCUUCUUCCAGCAAUUUUGGGAAACAAUGAGCGCAAACAUUAUGAAGAUGGUAGAGGAAUUCUUCAGAACAGGGAAGCUAGAAGAAGACAUCAAUAAGACUAGCAUUUGUUUGGCUGCAUUUGUAGAAGACCGACUGAUCUCCGACAACAUUCUUGUGGCACAUGAGCUCCUCCACGCGCCUAACUCAAACAACAGAUGCUCAAAGGAACAUAUAGCCAUCAAGACAGACCUCUCAAAAGCCUUUGACAGAGUAGAGUGGUCUUUUCUUGAGAAGGCUAUGAACACUUUGGGUUUCUCUACGGAAUGGUGCAAGCUCAUCAUGCAAUCAGAUGAAGAACUAGAUCACAUCCUCUCGAUCCUCUAUGAAUACAACUUGGCCUCAUGCCAGAGGAUAAACUACCAAAAAUCAAGCAUCUAUUUUGGUAAGAAUAUUCCUCCAAAAAGAAGAGAAGAAAUCAUGCUGAAGCUUGGAAUAUAUCAUAUUGGAGGAGAUGGAAUCUACCUGGGUUUACCUGAUUCCUAUGGAGGUUCAAAGGUUUCUGUGUUGAGCUUCCUUAAGGAGAUACUAGAGCAAAGGUUAUUUGGCUGGCAAAAUCGUUUUCUCUCACCGGGGAGUAAAGAAGUGCUCCUAAAAGCAGUUGUGCUCACCUUACCAACCUACACAAUGAGCUUCUUCCUCCUGCCAAAGACGAUCUGUAAGCAACUUAUCUCCCUGAUGUCAGACUUUUGGUGGAGGAACAAUAAGGAGUCUCGUGGUAUGCACUGGAAAGCUUGGGGUCAUUUAACUCAGCCAAAAGAUAGAGGAGGAUUGGGAUUUAAGGACCUUGAAGACUUCAACAUGGCUUUACUUGAACCAAGAAAAGAAUGGGAUGUGAAGCUCGUAAGGAAUGUCUUCCCCAUAGAGAUACAAGAAAAAAUCUUCGCCAUCACCCCGCAAGGACAAUUUGGAGAUGAUACCUACACAUGGGACUUCUCCAAGACCGGCCACUACAAAGUGAAAUCAGGAUACUGGGUUCAGAGAAACAUCAUCAAUACAAGCCAGCAGCAACAGUAUGUGGACCAGCCGAGUCUUGAUGGACUGUAUCAACAAAUUUGGAAGCUCAACGCAAAUCCAAAGAUCCAUCAUUUUCUAUGGAAAUGUGUCAACGAUACCCUCCCAGCUGCGGGCGAGUCAGUGAACCACAUUCUAUUCAAGUGCCCGUACACUAGGCUGGUUUGGGCAGUGUCACCAAUUCGUGUUCCUCCAAAUGGUGAAUGGUCAGACUCUCUCUAUGCAAAUCUCUACCGAGUGAUGAACCAGCAAGAUCAACCAGAAAGCUCAAGAGCUGAUCUGGUUCCAUGGCUGCUAUGGAGGAUAUGGAAAAACAGAAACGAGUUUCUUUUCAAAGGAAUAGAUUACUCAGCACCAAGUACGGUAGACAAAGCUCUGGAGGACAUGGAGGAAUGGAUAGGAAAAAACAAGAAGGAACAUCCAGAGGUUAAAAAAGCCACCCACAACAAGACCCGAGCCAGAUGGAAAGCUCCUCCUACAAAAUGGAUCAAAUGCAAUACUGAUGGUGCUUGGCACAAGGAUCAACAAAGAAGUGGAGUAGGUUGGAUCAGCAGAGAUGAAUAUGGAAGAAUGUUGUGGGCUGGAGUGAGAGGUUUUCAGAGGUUAGGAUCACGUAUAGAAGUUGUGGCCGAAGGUGUAAAAUGGGAGAUUCAUUCGAUGCGACGUCUAGGCUAUAAGCAGGUGAUAUAUGAGACAGAUUCACUCUUUCUCACAAAGAUGAUCAACGGGCACACAGAGGUAUGGCCAAAGCUCCAACCGAUUAUACAAGAGAUACACCAUACCCUCUCUGAAAACCCUCACUACAAGAUUGUUUUUUACUCGAGGGAUGGUAAUAUGGCAGCAUAUAGGAUAGCGAAGGAGGCUUUUUCUCUACAAAAUCAUCUCCCUAAGUUGUAUUCUAUUGUGCCGGAUUGGUUGAAACCUGUGUUUGAGACUGAUAGGUCUGAUGUAAAUCAAAACUUUGUUGGAUAA